GGGAUGAAAUGUGUUUGUAUGGUGGCUCAUGUGGUCCAAACGAGUUGCGAAGCUGUUUCACGGCGUUCAGGGGAGCGUACACGAGAAAUACUGUUAGCUUGCAAGUUAGGUAACCAGCUAUCAAUGGCCACGUCAAAGUUAAUGCGAGCCAUCAGAGUGUCCGAGUUUGGAGGACCCUCCGUUUUAAAAUUGCAUGCAGAUAUUCCUGUUCCAAGCCCAGGCCCGAAACAGGUAUUAAUUAGAGUACAAGCCUGCGGAGUAAAUCCUGUUGAAACCUAUAUCCGCUCCGGGGCCUUCGCUCGGAAACCAAACCUGCCAUACACCCCUGGAUCGGAUGUGUCUGGGGUCGUGGAAGCUGUUGGAGAUGGCGUUAGCUCUUUCCAGUCAGGUGACCGGGUGUUUACAACGAGCACAGAGACUGGGGGCUAUGCUGAAUACACCGUAGCGUCAGAGGACUCUGUCCACCGGCUCUCCGAUUCUUUAGAUUACAAACAAGGAGCUGCCAUCGGCAUCCCGUACUUCACUGCAUACCGCGCUCUCUUCCAAAAAGCCCAGUGCAAAGCAGGAGAGACCGUUCUUGUUCAUGGGGCCAGUGGAGGGGUGGGGGUUGCAACGUGCCAGAUCGCCAGAGCCUUUGGGAUGAAGGUACUGGGAACGGCAGGAACUCCAGAGGGGCAAGCUCUGGUGAUGAGGAAUGGAGCUCACCAGGUCUUCAACCACAGAGAGAAAAACUACAUCGACAGGAUCAUGGAGGCUACCGAUGGACAAGGACCGAAUGUGAUCGUUGAGAUGCUGGCCAAUGUGAAUCUCAGUAAGGACCUGGAGAUGCUUACUUACGGAGGCAGAGUGGCGAUAGUGGGCAGUCGUGGUCCCACAAAAAUCGACCCACGAGACACCAUGGCAAAGGAGUCCAGCAUCAUCGGUGUGGCCCUGUUCUCUUCAACAAAGUGUCCUUUCCUCGCUCCUUAGCUCCAUCCAGCAGAGCACGCGAGGAAGAGAUGCAAGGACGAGAUACGAAGUCGGAGGAACCGAGGCUACGUGUAUUAGGCAAAUGGAACGUCCUUGCUCAGUCAAGCGUCAGUUUGAAGCCACGUGAAAUACCACCGUGGCUGAUGUGGAGAGAUAGAUACACGUGUCGAUCGUUUGUACGUCAUGCAUUCUGAGAAAAGACUUUCAGAAAGGCUGCGCUUGUGUAUGCUCGCUGAAGUCUCCUCCGGGAGCCUCCUCGCUCUUCGCUCCUCCAAGGAGCAUUUAAGCGGAUCGGAAUGUCCUGAGAGAUGGCAGACCUUGUUCGAUUUCUGGGUCACGCGAGGACAGAGGAGAGGAGGACGUAUGAAAUAAGGAGUUGAACCCCCUGUGUCUGUUC